UUUUAAGUAGUUCGACAGAGGAGGACCGACAUGGCCAGUGAAGAGAUCGAUACCUCCAAGUUUUUAAAGGACAAGGAGGCCGGCAGAAAUGAAUCUGAAGAGCAGGAAGAACCGAAAUCCUCGGAUACCUUGUGUGGUUUCUCAAUAUUUAAGGGGCCCGCCCUACAGAGAUUUGCCACUGCGCAUAUGUUCGUGAUCAUCUAUGGGAUAGCUAGUUGCUUUCUGGCCAUGGCUUUCAGCUACUUCACUGGGACCAUUACGACGAUGGAGAAGCGCUUCAAUAUUCCCACCAAGAUAUCGGGUCUCAUAACGGUGGGCAAUGACAUAAGCACGGUGUUCUCGUCGGCCCUUUUGAGUUACUACGCGAGUCGAGGUCACCGCCCGCGUUGGGUGGCGUUGGGUCUCCUCAUCAUAGCCCUUUUCUGCCUGCUUAUGUUGACCCCGCACUUUUUCUACGGUGUCGGCGAAGAGGCCCUGAGGCUGACAGAGGAAUUCGGAGUGGAGGAAUCCUUCGAUAAUUCUUCUAUAAAUUCUACUACCAAGAGUGACCUUCUUUGCCAUGAGAAAAAUUCAAAUUGCAUCAAGGGCGGUGGAGACUUUAAGCCAGUCGUACUGUUCUUCAUUGCUCAGUUUAUUGGCGGCAUCGGGUGCUCCCUCUUCUACGCCCCAGGUCUCUCAUACAUGGAUGACAAUUCAGCGAGUUCAAAAACGCCGGCUAUGCUAAGUUGGAGCACCUUUCUGCGAAUGCUGGGUCCUGCCAUGGGUUAUUCCAUGGUUUCCUUGUGCCUGCGGCUUUACAUCGACCCCUUCAAGAAGCCCUUAAUUACCCCGAAAGAUCCUCGCUGGAUGGGUGCUUGGUGGUUGGGCUGGAUCCUAAUCACCGUUAUUCUGGUGAUCUCUGCAUUCUUUGUGGGCAUGUUUCCCAAGGAGCUGCCCAGGGCCAAGGCCAGGCGCCUAAAAGCAGACGGCGAGGAGGAUAUCCCUUUAACGGAGCGCUCCUUCCAGGACAUGCUGGAUUCCCUGAAACGACUGGCCACCAACAAGGUGUAUAUCUACAACAUGCUGGCCUCCAUACUCUACUUCUUUGGCUACAUGCCAUAUUGGAUAUUCACACCGAAGUACAUAGAGAUCCAGUACCGACAGUCGGCAUCGACUGCCAACAUGGCUACGGGCACUUGGGCGCUGGGAUUCUCCGCAGCCGGAGUCUUGAUCUCUGGCUAUGUGAUCUCCAAGUACAAGCCGAGUGCCAGGGCCAUGGCCGCCUGGAACUUUGUGGUGGACUACCUCACGGUGGCUGGACUCCUUUGCUAUAUCCUGGUGGGAUGCGACGAGAGCGAUCGAGCGAAUGCCAUGUCUAUUGUGCCGCCCGGUGACAGCUGCAGUGCCUCCUGUGACUGCGAAUACGUGUACUUAGCCCCGGUUUGCAGUCCGGAAAAUAUAACCUUUAUAUCAGCCUGUCAUGCGGGAUGCACUGAAAAGGGAGUGGAUGAACUGGGAAGGAUUAUCUACACAGGCUGUCGGUGCAUGGGCGGCCUUAACCUGACCUCGCUCUCAAACGUAACAUCCCUUGCCGCCCAGUCGCAGAUCGCCACGGAUGGAGCCUGUCCGGUGGACUGCAAGAAGCAGUUUAUCACCUUCCUGGCCGUCAUGUGCUUCCUGAAGUUCGUCGGUGCCACUGGGAGGUCUAGCAACCUGCUGUUAGCCUUGCGUUGCGUGCCCUCAAAGGAUAAGACCUUUUCCCUGGGCUUUGGCAGUAUGGUGUACUCCGUGCUUACCUUUAUUCCCAGCCCCAUUGUCUUUGGCUGGAUGCUGGACAGCUAUUGUCUGAUCUGGGGAAAGACCUGUAGCUCCAAGGGUAACUGCUGGAUAUAUGACACGAAGUCCUUGAGGUACACUAUGAACCUAGUGUGUGCUUCUCUGAUUUUCCUGGGCAGCUUCUGGAACAUUGGAGUAUGGUAUCACGCGAAGGACAUGAAAGUCUUCGAUGAAGAGGACACAGCUCCCCAAAAUAAUCAGAUUGAAGCAAUAGAACUAAAGGAAAAACCAAAAGAAGUGGUUACAGAUAAAAAAUAAAAGGCCUUGUUAAGAAGUUAA